ACAACAUCAACUACACCUAAAGCACAAACAACAACUGAAGCACCAACAACUACAACACCUACACCAACAACCACAACUCAAGCACCAACAACUACAACUGCUGCACCAAAAACCACAUCUCAUGCACCAACAACUACUACUGCCACUACAACCACAACUCAAGCACCCUCAACUUCAACUGCUACACCACCAACCACAACUAAAGCACCAACAACUACAACUGCAGCACAAACAACCACAACUCAAGCACCAACAACAACAACUGCUACACCAACAACCACAACUAAAGCACCAACAAGUCAAGCACCAACAACUCCAACUGCACCACAAACAACCACAACUCAAGCACCAACAACUACAGCUGCUACAACAACAACUAUGUCUAAAGCACAAACAACAAGUCAAGAACCAACAACUAGAAAUGUAGGACAAACAACCACAACUCAAGCAAGAACAACUAAAACUGCUGCACCAACAACCAAAACCCAAGUACCAACAACUAGAACAGCUACACCAACAACCACACCUCAAGCACCUUUAACUAAAACUGCUAUACCAACAAACACAACUAAAGCACCAACAACUUCAACUGCAGCACCAACAACCACAACUCAAUCACCAACAGCUGCACCAAAAAUCACAACUCAAGCACCAACAACUACAACUGCUACACCACUAAAUACAACUAAAGCACCAACAAGUCAAGCACCAACAACUGCAACUGCUGCACUAAGAACCACAACCCAAGCACCCUCAACUACAACAGCCACACCAACAACCACAAGUCAAGCACUAACAACUACAACUGCAGGACAAACAACUACAACCCAAGCACCAACAACUAUAACUGCUACACCAACAACAACAAGUCAAACGCCAACAACAACUGCUACACCAACGACCACAACACAAUCACCAAUAACUUCAAAAGCUUCACCAAAAACCACAACUAAAGCACUAACAACUACAACUGCUACACCACCAACCACAACUAAAGCACCAACAAGUCAAGCACCAACAACUACUACUGUAGCACUAACAACAUCAACUCAAGCACCAACAACUGCAACUGCUACACCAGCAACCACAACACAAGCACCAACAAGUCAAGCACCAACAACCACAACUGAAGCACAAACAACUACAACUGCUAAACCAAAAACCACAACUCAAGCACCAACAACUACUACUGCUACAACAACCACAACUCAAGCACCAACAACUACAACUGCUACACCAACAAGCACAACCCAAGCACCAACAACUACAACUGCUACACCAAUAACCACAACUGAAGCACCAACAACUGCAGCUGCUACAACAACAACUACAGCUAUAGCCACCAACAACUGCAACUGCAGCACAAACAACCACAACACAAGCAUCUACAACUACAACUGCUGCACAAACAACCACAAUUCGAGCAUCAUCAUCUACAACUGUUGCACCAAAAACCACACCCCAAGCACCAAAAACUACAACAGCUACACCAACAACCACAACUCAAGCACCAACAACUACAACUGCUGCGCCAAAAACCACAACUCAAGCACCAACAACUACACCUGCUAA